CAACAUGGCGGAAAGAUAUACCAUCAAUAUGAUCACUCCCGAUACUAAAGAUUGGACCUGUAAAGUCCAAGUUGUUGAUAAAAGUCGACCAAGGGACAACAAAGAUAAAACCACAAAAUACCAACUCUUAAUUCUGCAAGAUGAAGAGGAGAAUCAAGUUCAGGCCACUAUUUACAGUACUGAUAUAACAUGUUUUGAAAAAGAAUUUGCUCCUUUCAAGACUUACUUGGUAUCUGUUGCACAUGUGAAAGUGCCACCUCUUGGAUAUGAAAAUUCACUUAACAAAUUCAUUUGGACACUCGAUAAAAACACCAUUGUUGAACCAGUUGAAGAGGUCAAACCUCCACAAGAUCCAUUACCACCACCAACACGACUAGCUCUUACCACAUUUGACACUUUUGAGUAUCAACCCAAAGAAUUUGAAUUUGAUGUACUCGCCAUUGUCAUUAAUGGUAGUCCUUCAACAAAGACUACAACUGGAAAACGAAUUCAAGAGUUUAUUAUCAUGGACAAGUUGUAA